GAUGUCGCCUGACCGGAUAGUCGCUUGGAAGGAAGUUUUCGUUUUGUGAGUUUUAACGCUGUUGCCUCUUCACAUAUUGCCUUAUGUAACGGCGAAUAUUGUAAUAUUUAAUUAUCCAGCGAUAUAUGGACAUUUCUACGAUGUUUUAAAUUAUUCGUCGAGUGACAGACGGAUGACUGAAAGCGUUUGAAGGGUGGAACUGAACGGUUGGAAGUAGUGAAGCGCGAGCCGAGUCGAACCUUUUCCGAGUCCAGCCGAGUCGAGCCGAGCUGAAUCCCAACCGAAGCCAUGGGGAACCGGGGGAUGGAGGACUUGAUUCCCCUGAUUAAUAAACUUCAGGAUGCUUUUAGUUCCAUCGGGCAGAGCUGCAACUUGGAUUUGCCUCAGAUCGCCGUGGUAGGAGGUCAGAGCGCUGGAAAAAGCUCCGUUUUGGAAAAUUUCGUCGGCAGGGAUUUUCUGCCCCGUGGAUCAGGAAUCGUGACUCGCAGGCCUCUCAUUCUGCAACUAGUCAACAACAAAGCAGAAUAUGCAGAGUUCCUGCAUUGUAAAGGGAGGAAGUUUGUGGACUUUGAUGAAGUGCGGAUGGAGAUUGAGGCGGAAACUGACAGGAUUACGGGUUCGAAUAAGGGCAUCUCUCCCAUACCCAUCAACCUGAGAGUCUACUCACCUAAUGUAAUGAACCUGACUCUCAUUGACCUGCCCGGGAUGACCAAGGUUGCUGUGGGCGAUCAGCCAGUAGAUAUUGAGCACCAGAUCCGUGACAUGCUUCUGCAGUUCAUCACUAAAGAGAGCUGCCUGAUUCUGGCUGUUACGCCAGCCAACACCGACUUGGCCAACUCCGACGCCCUUAAGAUCGCCAAGGAGGUGGACCCACAGGGUCUGCGGACUAUCGGUGUGAUUACUAAACUGGACCUGAUGGACGAGGGCACAGACGCUCGAGAUAUCCUGGAGAACAAACUCCUACCACUGCGCAGAGGAUACAUCGGCGUGGUAAACCGCAGUCAGAAGGACAUCGAUGGCAGAAAGGACAUCCGUGUGGCUUUGGCUGCUGAGAGGAAGUUCUUCCUGUCUCAUCCUGCUUAUAGACACUUGGCUGAGCGAAUGGGAACGCCGCACCUGCAGAAGACCCUUAAUCAGCAACUGACAAACCACAUCAGAGACACGUUGCCAGGCUUACGCAAUAAGCUUCAGUCCCAGCUCCUCUCUCUGGAGAAGGAGGUCGAGGAGUACAAGAACUUCCGUCCUGAUGAUCCUACACGCAAGACCAAGGCUCUGCUGCAGAUGGUGCAGCAGUUCGGUGUGGACUUUGAGAAGUGUAUUGAGGGUUCAGGGGAUCAGGUGGACACCGUGGAGCUGUCUGGAGGUGCCAGAAUCAACCGCAUCUUCCACGAGCGCUUCCCCUUUGAGCUGGUCAAGAUUGUGUUUGAUGAAAAGGAGCUCCGGCGAGAGAUCAGUCAUGCCAUCAAGAACGUCCAUGGUGUCAGAACUGGCCUGUUCACUCCCGACCUGGCGUUCGAAGCUAUCGUGAAAAAGCAGAUUGUAAAGCUGAAAGAGCCCUGUCUCAAAUGUAUCGAUCUGGUGAUUCAGGAGCUCAUCAACACAGUCAGGCAGUGCACCAACAAGCUGAACUCUUACCCCAGACUCCGAGAGGAAACGGAGAGAAUUGUCACGACGUAUGUCAGAGAGAGAGAGGGCAGGACCAAGGACCAGGUUCUGUUGCUGAUUGACAUUGAGCUGUCCUACGUUAACACAAACCAUGAGGACUUCAUCGGAUUUGCCAAUGCGCAGCAGAGGACAAACGCCAACAAGAAAAGGCCCAUUCCAAACCAGCGAGUCACUGGACUAACCGAAAGCAACCUGGAACAGGUGAUCCGCAAAGGAUGGCUGACCAUUAACAUCAGCUUCAUGAAGGGAGGAUCCAAGGAGUACUGGUUUGUCCUGACGGCCGAGUCCCUGUCCUGGUACAAGGAUGAAGAGGAGAAGGAGAAAAAAUACAUGCUUCCUCUGGACAACCUAAAGAUCCGAGAUGUGGAGAAAGGUUUCAUGUCUACUAAACACACCUUUAGUAUCUUCAACACAGAGCAAAGAAAUGUCUAUAAAGAUCUGCGUCAGAUCGACCUGGCGUGCGAUACUCCGGAGGACGUGGACAGUUGGAAGGCCUCGUUCCUCCGAGCAGGUGUUUACCCUGAGAAGGAUCAGGUUGAUGAAGAUGAAGGUGCCCCAGUAGACACCUUCUCUAUGGACCCUCAGCUGGAGCGGCAGGUGGAAACGAUCCGCAAUCUGGUGGAUUCCUACAUCGGCAUCGUCAACAAGACCAUCCGAGACCUCAUGCCUAAAACCAUCAUGCACCUGAUGAUUAAUAAUGCUAAGGACUUCAUCCACUCCGAGCUGCUGGCGUACCUGUACUCCUCAGGCGAUCAGAACACUCUUAUGGAGGAGUCAGCCGAUCAGGCUCAGAGGAGGGACGAGAUGCUGCGCAUGUAUCACGCCCUCAAGGAGGCACUCACCAUCAUCGGUGACAUCAGCACCUCCACCAUUUCUACACCGGUUCCACCCCCGGUUAAUGACAGCUGGAUCCCAGAAGUCAGCCCCACCCCUCAGCGAAGACCACCUGCACAGGCUCCUCCCCCCAGCAGGCCUCCAGCAGUGAGAGGCCCUACACCAGGACCUCCUCCUCUAAACCCCUCCCCUGCUUUUGGUGCCCCACCUAUCCCAUCACGACCUGGACAGCCUAUAAACGCCUUUAACAACAGCAUCAUGGAUCCGUUCAGCGCACCUCCUCUAGUGCCCUCCCGCCCUGCACGUGUGCCCCCUGGUGUGCCAAGCCGAAGACCUCCCGGCGCGCCCACCAGGCCGACCAUAAUUCGCCCCGCCGAGCCCUCUCUUCUAGACUAGGAGACUAGGCCCUUGCUGUAUACACACACUUCUGUGAAUAUGGGUCUAUAUAGAAAGAGUGUAUGAGAGGGAGGGAGGGGAUGCAGGGCUCAAACCUUUUUGUCUGUGUCUUUACAUCCAGCCUGACCAAUAGACCUGUCUAGUUCAUUCAGUCUGUUCUUUAAUGAACGCUGCUAACUUUCUUCUUUAUUUAUUUUUUUUUUAAAGCUCUGGGAACUAAAUUUAACUCUGUAUGCAAACUCUAGUUUUCCUAUGUGCUGGUUACUCUGUCGACCUCUUGGGGCGAUGCACUUAGACCGGGGUGUAUAAUCCAGCAUCCAGCAUUUUCUCUUUCUGGUUUGGCUUUGAGUGCGGGAUUGGUUCUCUAUUCUGAAUGUUUAGUGAGUGAACUUAAAACCGUCAAAGCUAAUGGGUCGACGUUCAUAGCCUCUGAGCUCAGUUUUAAUACACUGAGAUUUUUUCCAUUCUCUUUACUAACUGAUACGAUGCUGUUCUCCCCUCCUCCAGCCAUCCUGCAUUCCCUAAAACUUUAUUUUUCUCUUUAGUUUUUCCAAAUCCAGUUACUUGUGUGUAAAUCUCGAUUCUUUAGUAGCACUUAGAUUUUUAGCCUUGUGGGAAAGGUUCGGUGUAACUGUGGUGCGCUUCCAGCUGCACCUCUGUAAUGAUUUCUGUUUAUACAUAUUAAUCUGUGUAUAUGAAAUUAAUCCUGCAAGCACAAUAACCACUCCUGGUUUCUAGCACCUCAGGUGACACCCAUGUUUUACAGUCCUGGUUUGGUAAACAGUUUCACUUAAAUUAGACCUCUAGAUACGUUCAAUUGAUUUCAGUUAAAUAGUUUUGUUAAAGCAUUACUCCUUACUUUACUGUUUAGGGAGGGUGUUAGAUGCCUUAAUAUUAACAAUUGGUGGGGAGCAAAACUUAAAGAAAUAGUCCAGAUGUUCCAACCUAAUGUCUAUCUCUGUUCUGCAGAUGUUAUUUCUGUCAUCAGUAAAUUAUGGACACAAAACACAAGUGAUAUUUGUACAUUUAAGCGACAGAAGUUUAAGCCCUGUGGUUAAAUGAUGCAAAUUCCUGCACAGAAUGAAUCAUUCAUUCAUUAAUUCAUUUUCUUAUCCGCUUAUUCAAUUAGGAUCCGGGGGGGGUGCUGGAGCCCAUCCCAGUUUUUCAGUAGGCGCAAGGCACACAGUAACACCCUGGAUGGGAUGCCAGUCCAUCGCAGGGCAGACACACACAUAUACACACACCCAUUCACUUAUAGGGCAAUUCAGUGUCUCCAAUUAACCUGGCUGCAUGUUUCUGGACUGUCGGAGGAAACCCACGCAGACACAGGGAGAACAUGCAACUCCGCACAGAAAGGACCCGGACCGCCCCGUCUGGGGAUCGAACACAGGACCUUCUUGCUGUAAGGCGACAGUGCUACCCACUAAGCCACCAUGCCCCCCCCACAGAAUGAAUCAGUAAAAAUCUGUUCUGGUUACUUGUGUGUUUUGUUAAUGCUGCAGUAAAAAAUAUUGAAGUAGCAUUACUGGCGUUCAUGCAGCUUAAAUGCCCCUGUAAAGCCAAAAGUAACAAAGUCAGAGCUUUUUGGAGGGAUUUGGCACCAGUUUGGUUGACUUGUACCUUAUAAUGGAUUUAUGCCACAACAUAUAGCAAGCGGGUGGCACGGUGGCUAAGUGGGUAGCACUGUCGCCUCAUAGCAAGAAGGUCCUGGGUUCGAUCUGCAGGUGGGGUGGAGUUUGCAUGUUCUCCCUGUGUCUGCAUGGGUGUCCUCUGGGCGCUCUGGUUUCCUCCCACAGUCCAAAGACAUGCAAGUGAGGUGAAUUGGAGAUACAAAAUUGUCCACAACUGUGUUUGAUAUAACCUUGUGUAAUAACUACCGUUCCUGUCAUGAAUGUAACCAAAGUGUAAAACAUGACGUUAAAAUCCUAAUAAACAAACAAACAAACAUAUAGCAAGUCUUGAAACCACUUGACUGUGCGACCCUAGUCUUUACCAAAUAAUAACCUUAGAACUGUUAACUUAAAUGUAGUGAGGAAGCGAGUAAGCGGCUCGGUGGGUAGCACUGUCGUCUCAUAGCAAGAAGGUCCUGGGUUCGAUUUCCAGGUGGGGCGGCCCAGGUCCUUUCUGUGUGGAGUUUACAUGUUCUCCUUGUGUCCAAAGACGUACAAGUGGUACAAGUGAGGUGAAUUGGAGAUACAAAAUUGACCAAUUGUUUCAAUGCACUCAGGACAGGAUGAGUGUCCAGAACAGAAUGUUUGUUUGUUUAUUUUUUUAACAAGUUGCUUACGAUUUCAUUUCUCUCAUAGAGGAACUUCCAUCUGAAAUUUCCCAGAAGUUACAUAUUGUGGCUUUAGGGUUUUGUUAAAUAUUCAUCAAUGCUGCUUCAGCUUUUUCGCAGCAAAACCUGUCGAAAUUCUGGUGCACCACAUAAACAGUAGAUAGAGAUUGGGUUGGAAAAUGCUGGAGUACUCUUUUAAAGGGGUACUUUUGCCAUACAAUGCUAUCAGCGAUCCCUUUAGCAAUCUAAAGAUCUGUCUUACUCUAUAUUUUCAGUAAAGGAUUUUAUUUCCAAAGGUUAUGGACAGGGUCACAAACUUGGGCUCAUGCAGAUGUAUAGGGACUGCAGUGUCCUGUAAAGUGGAAGUGAAGAACUGUAAUAACCAAAUAGUAGAGAUUUUAACCUAGUGUACUAAUAAAUGCAUUAACUGGGAAGUUGGGCGGGGUAGAUUAGCGAAUGCACAUGCAGAGAUUUAAGUGUAUUAUUUAUAACCGGGCAUUUGAUAUUGACGUUUUGAUUUCCAGUUUUCAUCUGUGUUUCUUGAUUACUUGUAGAGCCCUUUUCUUUCUUCCUAACAUUUUCUGUGGGUCUUUCUUUAAGCUGAUUGCAGAAAAUUUGGUAUUAGCUUUUAUUUAAUGACUGGGAAAGGGGAUGGGUGGUGAUUUGUGUUUUUGCUUCAGAUGAUUCGCGGUUAGACUACCAUGGAGACAAAGGCGGGUUGGACUGUCCAGGGAAUCUGUUAAGCAUACCAACAUACCAACUGACCAGAAGUACUUCAAUCCAUAAAAAAGCCCAAACAGAUGUUUAGUUCAUGAUCAGAUUCUCUAGGCAAAAUCCAUCCUCUUCCUCUCCUCUACAUGGUGUGGCUACAUGAAGAUGAAAAUGAUACCUGGUAGAACGUUCUGACUCAACACUACCAGCUGAUCUAGAAUUGUAGCCACGUCUCAAUGCAGGAUCUCUCAACUCCAGAACUAAAGACACACUACCCUGCAUGAUUUAAACUCUCUCUGCCUCCAUCCUAAUUUAGCUGAUCAGCUGAUUACCAAGCCUGUCAGGUCAGGUUUAAACCUCUGCACGGUAGUAGGUCUGCAGGACUGGAGUUGAAACCCUAGCGUGUUAUCUUUCCUCCACAUUUCUCCGUUUCCUCUCAUAGAAUUGGGGUAAAGGGGGAAGACAGCUGAUCACCUGUAUAGUUCACGUAUUUGUAUUUCUUUUGAAAUCAUGAAUCUUUGUCAAGUGCCUCUGUAGCUAUUAAUUCAUUCUGAGUAAAUGAUAUGGUGAGAUUUGGAAAUCUGAGCUAAUAAAGAGCUAUUGUGUACAAUAAAAGGGACUCAAAGUG